GCUGAACUGCUCUAUUUGUAUCAGGGGUGGAAACACAGAGGACAGCAUUACCUGAGGUUGCUUGCAAGACCGUUGACUUUUCACACUUCGGCCAGAGAGUACCAGAAUGCGUGAAGCAGGAGCAGCCUCCACGUGGACCCUUGUUUGGGCGUUGGUGACAACGCUUCUGCAUCCUGAAGCAAGAAUGCUGAAAGAAUGCACCAGUCCUGAAGGUCAGAAAUGCCCCACCCUAUGCGCUUGUAGCUUUGACGACUGCAACGAUGAUCUGAGUGUCUACUGCAGUGCACGGAACCUUACCACCUUGCCCGAAGACGUGCCCAGAAGUACAAGGAUGCUGUGGCUGGAUGGGAACAAUUUCACAACCUUGCCCGCUCUUGCUUUUAGGAACCUCUCCAACCUGGAAUUUCUUAACUUUCAGGGCAGUCAGUUAUCAGGGAUUGAACAACAUGCCUUCCAUGGUUUGGAAGAACUGUACUCUUUGCUCCUGGAACGGAAUCGGCUGAAGUCACUGGCACCCAAUAUCUUCCUCCACCUUCAGAAUUUGGCUUCCUUACGCCUCAACAACAACCAGUUCAGCAAGAUCGAAGAAGGUGUGUUUGCUGGACUUUCCAACCUCUGGUAUUUAAACCUAGGGUGGAAUUCCUUGGUGGUCCUGCCAGACAAAGUGUUCCAUGACCUACCCAAUUUAAGGGAGAUGGUCCUGGCUGGAAACAAGCUGCACUAUCUCCAACACCAAUUGUUCUACAGUCUCAGCGAGUUGCGGGAACUGGAUCUGAGUUGGAAUUCCCUCAAGGGCAUCAAAGGUAACAUCUUCACAAAGCUUCAAAAGCUGCUGAAACUUUACCUGAACCAGAACCAAAUCAACGCCAUCGCUCCGAGGGCCUUUUGGGGCAUGAAAUCUUUGAGAUGGUUAGAUCUCUCCCACAACCGUCUUGCUACCCUUUUUGAAGACACGUUCCUGGGUCUUUCGAGCCUUCACGUCUUGCGUCUCUCCAGCAAUUCCAUCACUAGCUUGAGUCCCCGGACUUUUAAAGACCUGCAGUUCCUGGAAGAACUGCAGCUAGGAAACAACAAGAUUCGCACCUUGAUGGAAAAGAGCUUUGAUAAAUUGGCUCAACUGGAGGUUCUUACUCUAAACGACAACCAGAUUCAGGAGAUCAGGCCUGGGGCGUUUCUCGGACUCUCCAACGUGGCUGUGAUGAACCUAUCGGGGAAUUGCCUUACCACUUUCCCUGAUUUCACUUUCAGGGGUCUCAGCCAUCUCCACAGCCUCCAUCUGGAAAACUGCUGCCUCACCAGGAUCAGACCGCAAAUGUUUUCUGAUCUCUCCAGUCUGCGAAGGCUCUUUUUGCGAUUCAACCCCAUCUCCGUCAUUGAAGAUCACAGCUUGAACGAUUUACACGAGCUGCUUGACUUGGAUCUCAAGCACAACCGGCUGAGAAGUCUCUCCCCAAAUCAGUUUGCAGGCCUAAGGAAUCUCGAAUAUCUCCUCCUGUCCUUCAACCAGCUGGUAGAUCUCUCUCCUGAGGCCUUCGUCCCGUUGUCGCGUCUCUCCUGGCUUGAUCUCUCCAACAACUUCCUGGAGACCUUGGACGGUGGCACCUUGGCGUCUUUCUCAAAACUGACCUAUCUGAACAUCAGGAACAACUCUCUGAAAACCUUCUCGGUGGAUUGGCUCGGCCCGUCACCUACACUGGUUCAGCUGUGGCUAGAAGGGAACAAAUGGGAGUGCAAUUGCUCGCUCAAGGAUCUCCGAGACUUCGCUCUGCAGCAACCCAGUGUGGUCCUGCGGUACACACAAUCCAUCACAGAAGAAGCACCUGAAUAUACCUACAACAACAUCACUUGCCUUAGCCCAGCGGAAGUGGUAGGACUUGAUCUACGAGAUAUUCAAGAAGAUCAUUUUGCGGAUUGUUAAGUGUUUUGUCGCCUUCUUGCUUUCUUUCAAGAAACGUUCUCCUUUCUAGGGAACAGUACCAACUCAAUCUUCUACGGGUUUGGACUUGCGAAGCCAUCAGGAACCAAGCACAACUUGAAUGUGUAUAUUCAAGCGUAUUCAAGUCAUCACAAAGGUCUAUUGCAAGUGUCCUUGGCUGGUCUCAAAAACACUAUCAGACCAGAUGUUUUUAGAGUCCAGCAGGCCUUUCUAGAGUUGUAGAUCAGACUGGGAAGUUAAAACAAUUCAGGUGACAAACUUUGCAUACUGCUUCCACAAAAUCUGCGCAGACUUCAUUCAAUCACCUACUCAGGUUUGAUUUAACGGAGAAUGACCUUAACAUUUAGGAAAAUUAAUUAAGGAAAAUAAUUAAUAUCAAGUAAUGUUCUGAAUCACAGAGUGGUAUCAUUUGCAACUUCCUUAGAUAUAUUUAAGCCUUUAGGACUCAAAUAUCCCAGCAAGUUGGUUAAUAUUUCCUUUUCCUCCUCCUCCCCUUUAUAAAGUUUUUUUUUUUUUUUUUGGAUUUUCUACUGCCCCUGGAGAUGGGUGGGGAAUAUGGGUGCUGCCGUUUUCUCAUAAUGCCCACUUAUCACUUGGAAACAAGUUUUUUUUUUUCCAAACCAGGUUCUGCAAUAACUUGAUAGGCUCCAUAACAGGGGGAAAAAAAGGAAUUCAACUAAUUUUGAUAUAUGCAUUUGCCUGUCAGUGGUGGCGAACCUAUGGCAUCAGUCAAUUUCAACUUCUCGUGGGAAAAAAAAAGAUCUUGCAAAGUUGGAAUUGAUUGAUUGAACUUUUUAGUCCCACCUAGUCUGCCGUUACCACUGCAGCCACGUGAGAUGCUUAAAAUAGAGACGAAAGGUAAGUAAACCUUUUAAGGAAUCCAUAAACUGCAUUUCUUGAUAAUUCCUGUACAAGGAAAUCAGGCUGUUGUGGUUUUCUAAAUUAUCACCUAAGGGAAGCCCUACUGUUACACAAUCUGAACUUACUACUCUGUGCAUGUGUGUCUGUGUGUGUGCGGGCGCGUGUGUAUAAUCUUAGACAGCACCAAUACAGGUUACUUGCAUAUGAAAAAUAAAGUAGAAUACACAGGCACAAGCCUUGAUUGCAGUUGGAAACAAUUUAAUAGAUAAUUCAGUUACUAAAAAAAAAAAAAAUCCUGAUUCAUGAUCAAUUAGGCACAGCAAUAGAGAAUGCUGACUUUGAGUUUCACUGAUUGACAUGCACUGAUUUAAAAGGCCUCAAUGCACGGUGAUACAGGAUGAGAUCCAGAAUGUAAGCACCCACAGUUUUUUCCAUCUCUGUCUGUCUCAGAAACAUGUAUCUAAAUAAGGCCAUAUUCUCAGAUGUAAAACAGGUUCUUCAUGGGUGAAAUUGAAAUAAUUUAAGGACCGACAAAAUUAACUACAGGAUAGAUCACUCCAAAGCACAAAGUGGGUCACUUCGUCUGCCAGGGGAAGAAUGCACCAAUAUCCAUUUGAGGGAUCAUAAUUUGCUCCACUGAAGUCUCCUUCUGCAAGAGACGGUCUCCCAUUUCCCGAUCAGAUUCAUUCACUUCUGCUUGAGCAACAAGGAGACGUUAGCCGUUAGGAACUCC